GGACAAGAGGAUAGCAGAUCCAAAUGCCAAGCUUCACAUAUCAUGUUGACCUGAGCUGGGGAGAUUCUAUUUGCCUCCAUCUGCUGUAUGAAAUUGGGUCUAUAAGUAGAGAGAGUUCAAGAAUCAGUCACAUCUUCCCAUCCGGUUUGUGCCACUCUGCUGAUAAUACAUACUGAAGGCCAUCCAAGAUCACAUUGUAAAGAUGGUUGAUUCUCUGGCGACACCGAUCCAGCCUUUCCAUGCCCGAUCCACCAGCAUGCCUUCUAGAGAUCAUCCCUACAUGCUCAGAGUGGCAGAAGAACUGCAGAAAGUCAAGUCUUCUGUAGUUCAAUCCUCUUCAACUGCCUAUGUGAUAUGUGAGGGAUUGAGAGGAAUUCAAGGUCUGUACAGGUGCAUUGAAGAGCUUCUUUGCUUGCCGAGCAGCAACCAGAUCUUCUCGAAUCCACAACAAAGGAAAUGGGUGGAAGUGGAGUUGGAUGUAUCUGUUAGGCUGUUGGAUUUGCUUGGCACCUUGAGAGAUAGCACAAACUCUAUAAAGGAGCAGAUUAGAGACCUUGAAAUGACCCUCAGAAGACAAGGAGAAACAGUUGCCCACAGCAAGAUGCAAGCUUAUAUUCGUCCUGAAAAGAAGGCAGAGAAAGAUGUUAAGAAUUGCUUCAGAUUCCUGAAGCAGAUGGAUGACAAAUAUGCCUUAUGUUUUACGGAUGAUAAGGAAUCUGAUUCAUGGAUGCUGGUCAGAACUCUGAAGGAAGCAAGAGAAAUCACCAUCUCUCUUCUUCAGUCCAUAUUUAACUUCUUGUCCAUGCCAAGGCCGAAAACCAAAACUAGCAGAUGGUCUCUUAUCUCAAAGACAUUGCACAAGAGGAAAGUGGCCUGCGAGGGUGAGCAUGCAGAUAUUGAAGCUAAUGAUGGGAGGGUACAGAAGGCAAAGGCACGAGAUCAGUUGCAAACGGUACAGAACAGCUUUGAUGGUAUUGAAGCAGGACUAGAAUGCUUGUUUAGAAGCCUAGUCCGAAAUAGAGUCUCUCUCCUUAACAUCAUAAGCUUGUAAUGAAUUCAUCAGCCUUCUCGCCAUAUGCCCUCAUUAGCAUCCACAUUUUAAAGGAAUUGCUAAUGCAUUCAUAUUGUAUCAUUUUUGUGAAAUAGUUAUAACACU